GAUGUGUAAACAGGAAGUGCUUCUGACAGUAUCCGGUGUUUUGAACGCUCGCUCUUAGUUUAGGGGCAGAUGUGACAGUGUGCAGAUUCCAUCCCAACACCCGAAUGGCUCAUAUCACGAUCAAUCAGUAUCUCCAGCAGGUCCUGGAGGCCAUUGACAACAAGGAAGGGAGUUUCUGUGCAGAGCUUCUCUCUUUUAAACACCCACAUGUAGCCAAUCCUCGACUGCAGCUGUCCAGUCCGGAGGACAAAUGUCAGCAGGUGCUGGAACCUCCUUAUGAUGAGAUGGUUGCUGCACAUCUGAGAUGUACAUAUGCUGUGGCAAACCAUGACUUUGUGGAGGCGUACAAAUGCCAGACAGUAGUGGUGCAAUCGUUUCUGAAAGCGUUUCAAGCUCACAAAGAAGAAAACUGGGCUUUAUCUAUGAUGUUUGCUGUUACACUUGAUCUACGAAUAUUUGCCAACAAUGCGGAGCAACAGCUACAGAAGAAGGGGAAGGGAAAAGUCGGAGACAUGCUGGAGAAGGCAGCAGAGCAGCUCAUGAGCUGCUUCCGAGUGUGUGCUAGCGACAAUCGUGCAGGUAUCGAAGAUUCCAAGAAGUGGGGGAUGCUGUUUCUCGUCAAUCAGCUGUUCAAGAUUUAUUUUAAGAUCAAUAAGUUGCACCUGUGCAAGCCCCUUAUCCGAGCCAUCGACAGCUCCAACCUCAAGGACGAUUACAGCAUGGCGCAGCGAGUUACCUACAAGUACUACGUGGGCCGCAAAGCGAUGUUCGACAGCGACUUUAAACUGGCGGAAGAGUACCUGACAUUCUCCUUCCAGCACAGCCAUCGCUCCUGCCAGAGAAACAAGCGCCUCAUUCUCAUCUACCUGCUGCCCGUGAAGAUGCUGCUCGGCCACAUGCCAACAAACCACCUGCUUAAGAAGUACGAUCUCCUGCAGUUUGCCGAUGUCACUAAGGCAGUGAGUGAGGGCAACCUUUUGUUGUUGAACGAGGCUCUUGCCAAACACGAGACCUUCUUCAUCCGCUGCGGGAUCUUCCUCAUCCUCGAAAAGCUGAAAAUAAUCACCUUCAGGAACCUUUUCAAGAAAGUGUAUCAUUUGUUAAAGACUCACCAACUUCCAUUAGAUGCUUUCCUGGUCGCACUGAAGAUGAUGCAGAUGGAGGACAUGGACAUUGAUGAAGUUCAGUGCAUCCUGGCCAAUCUCAUAUACAUGGGUCACAUCAAAGGGUAUAUAUCACACCAGCACCAGAAGUUGGUUGUCAGUAAGCAAAACCCUUUCCCACCCUUGUCCUCUGUAUCUUAAACUACAGCUGCCCUAAAGGGUUUGGAACCCCUCGUCUAAGCUGAAUCCUGUUGCAUUCACACCAAUUUGGGAUUAGUUCUACAGAAGUUCCAGGUUGGAAAACAUCUCCCAGAAGUGUAAUUCUUGGCCGGUGACAAAGUAAAUUGAAUAUUUGGAACGUUAAAACACCACAUUUAAAUGUGAUUUUCAGUAGUUUAUUUUGAACUUGAUAGGAAACCUGUUUUUGAUGAAACAGAAGUGCUGUGAUUUCCUAAUUAAACAGGAACUGCAUUGAAAUAUACAAGUGAAAUACCCAGCCUUCUCUGGCGCUCUAGGACUCUAGGAUUUUUCAUAUUUUGUGUUAUUUUUGCUGUUUUUUAUUCUCUGUGUAAAAUAAACUGUUUUGUACAAUU